AUGACUAAUAAAUUAGCAUUUGAAGCGCUCGAUAGGACGUUGCGUGAUAUAAUGGUUUCGGUUUCUGAUAGGAAUAAAGAUUUACCUUUUGGUGGGAAGGUGGACGUUCUGGGUGGUGAUUUCAAGCAGGUCUUGCCAGUUAUUCCAAAAGAUUGGAUACUUCAAAUCGGUGAAGGUCGAUGUGGAACAGUGGUCAACGAUAAACUUUUUGUUGAUAUUCCUUCUAAUAUAAUCAUUCCUGUCUUGAAAAAUCCAAUGGAAGAUAUUGUAAAUACAAUCUAUCCGAAUUUAGUUCAGAAUUUUCGUGAUCCAAGUUUUUUCCAGGAUAGGGCAAUACUCGCUCUGACUGUCGACAAUGUUGAAGAGAUAAACAAUUAUAUAGUUGACUUGUUACCCGGUGAGGAGAAAAAUUAUCUCAGUGCUGAUUCGAUAUAUGGUAGUGAUGCCUAUUCUGAUGUUGAUGUCGAUUGGAUAACUGUUGAAUUCUUGAAUCAGAUUAGGUGUUCUGGUCUACCUAAUCAUUCGUUGAAGUUGAAAAUAGGCGUGCCUAUUAUUUUUUUGAGGAAUAUUGAUCCGACUGGGGGUUUGUGUAAUGGGACUUGA